AUUUAUUUUAAAAUAUGCAAUAAUAAUAACUCCUGUAAAAAUUUGUAAAAAAAUCUAGGAUUUUUUUUAGUUAAAUUAAUCAGUAGAAAACUAGAAAGUUAAUGAAUAAUCCCACAUAUCAUUUCCCCAUGAUAUGUUUAGCUAAUAUUACUACUAACAAUUACGAAGCGAAGAAUAUUCGAUGGUUCGAAAAGCUAUUUUACGUAUAUUUCCUGGGACCACUUCUCUUCUUAGGUAUUAUAGCGAUCAAACUCAUCACAAUACGAAUAUAGUAAGCAAAGACUCUAAUAAGCUCCAUAGCCAUACAAGCAAUAUUGUUUCCUUCAGGCCAUCAAAAAAAAAUAGGAACGCCUCUACAACUCAUUUUUACGUCAUCAUAUACGCGAUUCUGUUGUGGGAUGUUAUCGCGUGCGUCAAUUUAAUUUUUUUCCCCUUCCUUUAUUAUUCAAGUAGCGAUUUGGGGAUUUCAAAUAAAAUAUUCAUGAUUUUUAGCAUUAAGGUCACUCUGUUAAUGGAGCAUAUAUGCGCCGCGAACGUAAAUUGGGAUACCACAAUUUUAUCCAUGAACAGAUUUAUGGCCAUAUACUUCCCCCAUCGAUUUGCUAACUUAACUAGUAGUCAUCGUCCUAAUAAUGAAGGCGAAAACGAGGUGGCCACGAGCAAAUAUAGUUUGAAAAAGUAUUUGAAUCAUUUAAGCCAAUUCUUUGGUCAUCGUUUUAUACUAAAGAAGACCCAAAAAAGCGCUUUGAUAUUAAUGAUUUCGAUUUGUUUUGCUUCGAUACUUAUUUCCAUGCCUUACCUAUUCUAUGUGGACAUAAAGAGGGGUUUGAAUUACGUGAGCGCUAUUCAAAAUACGACCGCGAUAUUAUACCCCGUUUCGUGCGAGUCAUUCUUUAAAAAGAGCAUAAAAUUUAAUUACUAUUUUAAACUGAGUAAAUUUUAUCAUAAUUUUUCUCCUUACUACGACAAAUUUUUUAGUAUUCUGGUGUAUCUGUUACCUACAUUGUUAAUCACAAUCUCCAAUGUUUUUAUUUAUAUUAAAUUGAAGAAACUCAAAAGAACUGGGGUCGUUAAAUCGCCUUUAGAUUCAAAAACUGCAUCAAACUAUGAAACUAGUUUAACAAUGGCUAAUCAAAUCACUAGACCCAGCGUGUUAGAUCCUAAUGUUAUGAUGGGUAAACUAUCCAGUAAUAUUAUUCCUAAUAACAUUCUCCCUCUCACCCAGAAAUUACGACAACAAUUGCUAAAGAACGAUCCAAAUUUUAAGGAGGCAAAGAAAUCUUCAAAAUUGUAUUUCGAAAAAUACGUUCUAACUCUAGCUAUUGGCAUCGAAUUUUUGUUAUUAAAUUUGCCAUAUGUAAUUUACGUUUUUGCGACAAAUGAAUCUUGGGUAGAGAAUUCCUCAAGCAACAUAAUCAAAAUUCAAACUAUAGUGUAUUUUUUAAAGCAUAGCAAUCAUUCCAUAAACGUCUAUAUCAAUAUUAUCUAUAAUUCGGCUAUGAGAUCCCUGAUCAUGUUUCAAUUGAAUAAAUGCUACAAAUAA